CAGCCCCUUGUAGGAAGAAGAACCUUUGAGGCCCUGAUGCUGGCCCUUCCCACACUCAGGGCAGGACAGAGAAGCAAGGAAAGACAGGGACCCCCAAGGCCUGCCAAAGGCAAGGGGUCUGGAUGCCAGCUGGGCCAGAGCGACUUGUCUAUGCCCGCCCCUGCCAGUCACGCCGUCUGAGCCACGUCAGGCAGCCCCAGGGUGGAGGAGCCGCCCAGUUCUACCACCCCACCCCCCUUUACCCCCUACUUGGACUCCCGCCUCCUAUAUAUCCCUCCUCCUCCAGUGCCAAGCAAGCAGGACGUGGAAAGAGGGAGUGGGAGACCGGGCUGGAUUCAGCAUAGCCACAGGAGGACAGGGACCCCCCACCAGUGACACCCCCUCAGGACUGCCAAGGGGACGCCUUCAGCCACCAUGAAGAAGGAGGUGUGCUCUGUGGCAUUCCUGAAGGCUGUGUUUGCCGAAUUCCUCGCCACCCUCAUCUUUGUCUUCUUCGGCUUGGGCUCAGCCCUGAAGUGGCCCUCCGCACUACCCAGUAUUUUGCAGAUCGCCUUGGCGUUUGGCUUGGCUAUCGGCACCCUGGCCCAGGCUCUGGGUCCUGUAAGUGGUGGGCACAUCAAUCCGGCCAUCACCCUGGCCCUCUUUGUGGGCAACCAGAUCUCUCUGUUCCGGGCCAUCUUCUAUGUGGUCGCGCAGCUGGUGGGCGCCAUUGCUGGUGCGGGCAUCCUCUACGGACUCACUCCUGCCAAUGCUCGAGGCAAUCUAGCUGUCAAUGCUCUCAACAACAACACAACUCCAGGCCAGGCAGUGGUGGUAGAGAUCAUCCUGACCUUCCAGCUGGCGCUCUGUAUCUUCUCCUCCACUGACACCCGACGCAGUGACCCUGUAGGCUCUCCAGCCCUCUCCAUUGGACUGUCUGUCACAUUAGGACACCUGGUUGGGAUCUAUUUCACAGGGUGCUCCAUGAAUCCUGCUCGAUCUCUUGGCCCAGCAGUCAUCAUGAAGCGAUUCAGCCCAGCUCACUGGGUGUUCUGGGUGGGGCCCAUCACCGGAGCCAUCCUGGCCUCCAUUCUCUACUUCUAUCUGCUGGUACCCAACUCCAUGAGUCUCAGUGACCGAAUCGCCAUCAUCAAGGGCACCUAUGAGCCCGAGGAAGAAUGGGAAGAACAGAGGGAGGAGCGAAAGAAGACCAUGGAACUGUCUUGUCACUGACUUGUACCUGGAUGUGGGGGGAGACGAUGCUUUACUCCCACAAAGAAAGCAUCCUGGGGAAAAAAGGACAAAAAUAACAGCCAAGUCUCCUUCUUCCAUAGACGGCCAUUCAGGGCUAGGGAAUCGGUCUCCAUGGUUACCCAGUUAGAGCUGGGAGCUAGGACCUGCUCCUGGGUGCUCAUGGGACUAUGAGGGAAAAGGGUCUCUCCACAAAGCAUUUCCUCUCAGGGAUGGGCAGGCACCAGGGCUCAGACUUCAGAAACAAUACCUGAAGGCCUGGAAUCCAGAUCCCAAACAGAACCUGUGGAAAUCCAAAACCCAGAACCCAGCCUACUGGGUAUUCUGCCAAGCAGGGCCAAAUUCUAUAAUGGAUAGUCUGGCCUGGGCCCAACUCCUCACCAGUUCUGCCCCCAAGCCAGAGACCUGAAUCCCAAGGAAUGGCAAGGGUUAUCCCUUCCUCUCUAUCAAGGUUCCAUAGCUCCUCUAGGGGAGGCAGACUGUUUCACUGAAAGAUGCCUUAUUUAUUGUCGGUCUACUAGGCCAAAGGGUAGCCAGGGGGUGUACAGCGGUGUUUGGGGGAGGGCUGCUCCACCCCCCAAUAAAUCAUCAAUAAUCCUGA